UUUACUCAUACAAGCAGUGAGAUGGCAUCAGAUUCGAAAACAAGUUUCAGAAAAAUUAUUAGAUUUUAUUGUAAAAAUUCAAGUGUACCUGGAAUUAGUUGGGUAGUGGAGAAGAACAUAUUUUUUGUAGAAAGACUCUUCUGGGUACUCCUUAAUGUUGCAAUGCUGGGAUGCACCGCCAUAUUUCUCCACCAUUUGGCCGAAGACAAUUUCGAAUAUCCAGUCAUCGUCACUCCAGAAUCAGCAGAUCUACCUAUCCAAAAAAUUGAAUUUCCAGGGGUUGCUAUUUGCAGUAUCAACAAAAUUAGCAAAAAGCGAGCUUUGAAAUUAGCGAAACUCUUACGCCUCUUGUUCCAGUAUAACGGCAUUGGCGCCGCUUUCACCACAAAUGAAUUCAAUGCAAAAUUCAAACUACCAUCGUCAACCUCUACCUACACUGCAGAAUUGACAACUCAAAUAAAUUUAAAAAAUCUGCGUUUUUUGGCUAUAGCUUGUGUUUCCAUUUUUGAAAUAUUUGGAGCCAGUUGUGGAAAUAUAUUGAUAUGUUCUAGACAAAAAAUUGAAAAAAACGCUGAUUUUCGCACCCUUGUGGAAGAUAUAAAAUUGUUGGGAAAUCUAUAUGAUCUAGACAUAUAUGACCCAGGAAGACUGUCAGAGUUUCAGGACUUACUGGACGAUAUCGACAAUACAACUGAAAUUGAUGACCCUAAGCUGCGAAUGAGAGAAUUGACAGCACCAUGUGAAGAAAUGUUAAGUGAUUGCAAGUGGGCUGGAGAAAAAUAUAACUGUAGCGACUUAUUUGCGUCCAGAAUGACCUACGAUGGUAUAUGUUGCGUGUUCAAUUACGUGAAGCCUCUCAAAGAAACUUCUGAACAGAAGCGAGAUUCAGUACCACCGCCCCUGGAACCCCAGAGGCCUCUCGGUUCUGGUAUUGAAUAUGGUCUGACAGUGGAACUGCACAACAAUAUUGAAGACUACUUUCUCAGUACAUUUGAAACUACAGGAUACUCAGUGAAAAUCUUCAACCCGCAAGAUUUUCCUGACAAAAUAAGUGGUUCUUUGUCAGAUAUAAUUGUUAAUUUUGGAAUAGAAGUUCUGUUAAGCAUCGAUGUGGAAGUUGUGAAAUCAUCAGAUUUCAUGAAGAUUUUGCCCUAUAAUAUGAGAUCGUGCAUAUUUGAGGAUGAAGAAAAGACGUCAUUUGGGAGUUACAGGCACAGUGAUUGUAUGGUAGAGUGUAAACUGCGAAUUAUGAAAGAUAUGUGCAAUUGCAUACCAAUUACUUCCUCAACAAAUUAUGACAUGGAAGGAAUCGGUGAUGUAAAUUUUUGUACGCUCAUUGAUCUACCUUGUCUCAAUAAAUAUAGAACCAAAUGGUUAAAAUAUUUCCCAAUUGGAGUUUCGUCAUCCAAUCUAGAAAAUGAGAAAUAUGAUUCCAUGAAAUGUACAAAAUGUUAUCCAUCCUGUAAUAACAUCAUUUACAAAGUUUCUUCUAACACUGCUCCAUUGUUUCACCAUCGUUACAAGAACAGACACUCAUAUUUGAAUGUUUUUUUCAAUAAACCGUUUGUUGCCUCAUACCAGAUGGACGUAUCAGAAACGUGGUAUGAUAUGAUAGCUAAUAUAGGAGGCUUCCUAUCACUAUUCAUGGGGAUAAGUGUCAUUACUGCGAUGGAGAUAAUAAUACUCAUUUAUAAAUUGGCAUGUUAUUGCAUUUUUAGAAUAAAUGCAGUAUAUUUCCAAUAAGCACCACAACAGCGAUUUGGAAUUCAUUAAUACCUAUCUGCAUUAUGUGUAACUCCUUUUUUACCGAAUGAGCCGUAUUCGGCUACGCCUUCGCCAUUUGAACGAUUUUCUGACAGUCAAAUGUAGUCGCACAGAUGAGACUUGUAAAGUUUUGCGCGAAUCUACCCUCGAUAAUCAGUUGGGUAAAUAUUUUGAACUGUUCUAGAAUCGUGCGAACUGCGAACCAAAUACGCCUUUUAUAGUUAGCCAUUUCAAUAUGUCUGGAAUGGAAUUUUGCGUAGUAUACUAGUACAUGUUGAAAGACAAAUUUGAAUUAUAUGUUGAAACUGAAA